AUGCAGGCUGAAUUUUUUUAUGAAUUCCUCUCUUUGCACUCUCUGGAUAAAGGCAUAAUGGCUGACCCAACGGUAAACAUCCCUCUACUUGGAAUGAUACCUCACCAAGUCUCAGUUGUUGAAGUUGGAUUUCCUUGUCUUGGAAAACAAGAUGGAGUGGCAGCAUUUGAAGUUACAGUAAUUGUAAUGAAUUCAGAAGGCACUAUCAUACUGCAAACACCACAGAAUGCCAUCUUCUUUAAAACAUGUCAGCAAGCUGAAUGUCCUGGAGGAUGCAGAAAUGGGGGAUUUUGUAAUGAAAGGCAUGUCUGUGACUGUCCAGAUGGAUUUUAUGGUCUUCACUGUGAAAAAGCUCUGUGUACACCACAUUGCAUGAAUGGCGGACUCUGCAUCAUGCCGGGAUUAUGUGUCUGCCCACCUGGUUUCUAUGGCAUCAACUGUAACAAAGCAAACUGUACAAACAUCUGUUUCAAUGGAGGAAUAUGCUUUUAUCCAGAAAAAUGUAUUUGUCCUGCAGGAUUGGAAGGGAAUCAGUGUGAAAUUAGCAAAUGCCAUCAGCCAUGUCGAAAUGGAGGUAAAUGUACUGGUAAAAAUAAAUGUAAGUGCUCCAAAGGUUACCAGGGAGACCUUUGUUCAAAACCUGUCUGUGAACCUAGCUGUGGAUUAUAUGGAAUCUGUAUUGAGCCAAAUGUAUGUCAAUGUCAAGAUGGAUGGCAUGGAAGGAACUGCAAUAAAAGGUAUGGGACCAAUCUUCUUAAUGCCAUGAGGCCAACAGGCAUCAAGCACAGACAGCAGACGCCUUCACCUAAACAGGCUGAAAAGAGCCAAGGAGGCCCUGAAUCCAAUUACGUCUGGUGAACUGCAACGUCUGAAAUGCUUUACAUUACACAACGUUCUGGCCUUCAUUAACGUCUCAUGUGUUCAAUAUGAAAAAUGCUGUUUGUUAUGUUUUAAGAUUAUUGGUCUGAAUUUUAUUAGCUUCAUUAUAAAUCCCAGAGCUAAUACUUAUUAUUCUUUGAAACUUUUGUUUCUCUAACACAUUUAUAUAGGCUUGUUUUCAGUGUUUUGUUUUCUUUUUUGUAUUAUAUUUCAGUACUUUAUUGAAAUAAUGGGUCUGUGUGUGUGCGCGCAUGCACAUGCUCAGAAACUCCCCAGAAUUCAUAAGGGUGAGUUUUAAAAUGGCAGUCUGGAAUGUAGUUUUUCUUUAAUCAACCUAGCUUAAGCAAGUAGAAGAAAUAGAAAUGUAAGUUUGAUUUCUAUUUCAGAUUGAAGGGCUUCUUGUACUUUGUUUAAUAUUUUUUAACUUAAAAUCAAUUUCUGUUUCUACAGUGUGCUCUGUAUGAAAUGCAACAGGGCUGUGGUAUUGAAACUAUAUAAUAUAUAUCAUAAACAAAACAGGUCUUAAGUAAUAAACAUGUUUGUACUUAUGGUUAUAUA